AUGAUAUAUAUAAAUAUCUAUCUAUCUAUCUAUCUAUCUAUCUAUCUAUCUAUCUGUAUCCUUGAGAAAAUGAAUGGUUAUUUCAGAGAAUCUAUCUAUCUAUCUAUCUAUCUAUCUAUCUAUCUAUCUAUCUAUCUAUCUAUCUCAUUCUGUACAUUAUCUCUCUCUCUCUCUCUUUCUCUCUCUCUUUCUCUCUCCCUCUUCUUUUCAUUUUCUUUCUUUUGUAUUUCUUUUGAUUCCCAUAAUUCUUUAGUCUUUUCUUUCUUUCCAUCUCUCUCUUUUGUUCUGUCUUUUUCUUGUCAUCUCUCUUGUUUUCUUUCCAUUUCUUUUUAUAAUACUCUAUUCUCUUUCUUUCACUUUGUUCCUUUUCAGUAUUCAUUUUUUUGUUCCUUUUUCCUCUUUCACUUUGUUCCUUUUCAGUAUUCAUUUUUUUGUUCCUUUUUCCUCUUUCACUUUGUUCCUUUUCGGUAUUCAUUUUUUUGUUCCUUUUUCCUCUUUCACUUUGUUCCUUUUCAGUAUUCAUUUUUUUGUUCCUUUUUCCUCUUUCACUUUGUUCCUUUUCAGUAUUCAUUUUUUGUUCCUUUUUUUCCUCUUUCACUUUGUUUCCUUUCAGUAUUCAUUUUUUUUGUUCCUUUUCCUCUUUCACUUUGUUUUUUUCAGUAUUCAUUUUUUGUUCCUUUUUCCUCUUUCACUUUGUUCCUUUUCGGUUUUCAUUUUUUUUGUUCCUUUUCCUCUUUCACUUUGUUCCUUUUCGGUUUUCAUUUUUUUGUUCCUUUUUCCUCUUUCACUUUGUUCCUUUUCGGUUUUCAUUUUUUUGUUCCUUUUUCCUCUUUCACUUUGUUCCUUUUCGGUAUUCAUUUUUUUGUUCCUUUUUCCUCUUUCACUUUGUUCCUUUUCAUUUUUUUUUUUUCUUUUCCUUUUUCACUUUUAUUCUUUUUUGUUUUUUUUUUUCACUUUGUUCCUUUUUAUUCAUUUUUUUGUUUCUUUUUCUCUUUCCUUUUUCCUUUUCGGUAUUCAUUUUUUUGUUCCUUUUUUCUCUUUCACUUUGUUCCUUUUCGGUAUUCAUUUUUUUGUUCCUUUUUCCUCUUUCAAAUUCAUUUUUUGUUCCUUUUCCUCUUUCACUUUGUUCCUUUUCGGUAUUCAUUUUUUUGUUCCUUUUUCCUCUUUCACUUUGUUCCUUUUCAGUUUUCAUUUUUCUCAAACAUCUUCCUUAAAAUUAUUUCAUUUUUUUUCUUUUCUAAGAAUUUUGCUCCUUUCUCCUUCUUUUCUUUCCUUUAUCACAUUCUUUUCAAUUUUUUUUUUUUAUCCAUUCCUUCUUUUUGCUUUUUGGCUCGUUUUUCCAACUUUUCUUUUUUUGCAUCAAUAUUAACUAAUUUUUCCUUCCUUACAUUCAAUCUGUGUCAUUCUUUCUCUUCUUUAUCUAAAUUCUUUCUUCUACUUAUUCAUCUAUUAUAUUCUUUCUUCUUUUUUUUGUUGUUCUUCAUUUUAUUUGAUCAUUCUUUUUGUUUUAUUAAUAAUCUCCAUUUUUUGUCCCUUUGUCUUUAA